AUGGGUUGUUGCACCGACUUGAAUCCAUCUCCGACUGGAAAUGAUCUUUCUAACCCCGGGUUAGAUUGGACUCGACAAACAUUGUAUACGACUGGUCAACCGUGUCCCGCAUGCUCUGCACAUAUUGUUUAUCGAAAUGUGGGUCGCGUCGUAUGGGGUUCCUCCAUGGAGUAUAUGAUUACCACCGGUAGACAAGCACAACUGACUUUGGAUAUUGAAGAUAUGGUAAAUUCAGCUGUCAUGGUUGGCUCGGACACGCCGAAAAAAUUGCCUAUUCUUGAAGGCGGUGUGUUAAAGGACGAGUGCGAUCACGUUUUCUGGUGUGCUUUCAAGGAAUUCCGCGAUACGGCCUAUUAUGAAGCAAUGAAAGCUGCAGGAAAAGAAGAUUAUGUGAUAAUGCAGGAUCAACGAUUCCCAUGUGCCACCAUACCUUUCCGUAGACAACAAUAA